UCUAGGCUUUGUAUAACAUUGUAGGCAUAAUUAUUGAACGCCUUAAAAAUGUCCAUGUAAUUUCUAUGACCUCAGACUUAUCAACAUGAGCAACCGAAAAUGGAAAAUCUGCGUCAUUGGUGGCGGUGUGGUCGGCCUGGCGUCUGCCCUAUCAAUCCGGGAUCUAAACAUUGGAACUGAAACUGUUGAUGUCACUGUCAUCGCUGAACAAUUCGGUCGUGAUGUCACGAGCAGCGUAGCUGCAGGGUUGUUGGAACCGUACUCAGUCGGCAGUCCAGAACAGUUACCUCUGAUAAAAAAAUGGGCAAUGUCAACUUGGGACCACAUUAACAGACUGAACUGUUCCGAAGAGGGACGCAAAGCCGGGACGAGUUUAUCAUUUGGAUAUAAUCUUCUAGAAGAACCAGAUCCGGAUUACAUGGUUGGCUUCAGGGAAAUCUUCUUCAACUUCCAAGACAUGAGUGAAAGGGAGCUUGCUAUGUUCCCACCAUAUAGAUAUGGUUAUAGAUUUACAACUUUGAUGGCAAAUCCGGCAAGAUAUCUGCCUUGGCUGACAGAAAAACUUCAAGAAAAAAAUGUCACCUUCAUUAAACGAAGGGUUGAAAGAUUUGAAGAGCUUGCCGAAGAAUAUGAUGUGAUAGUGAACUGCACUGGUGUCGGUGCCGCCAAGUUUAAUGACGCGCGGGUUCAACCGGGCAGAGGACAGGUCACCAAGGUGCACGCUCAGUGGAUAAAGCAUCACGUCGUCGCCGAGAAAGCGAAUGGAGAGGUGUCGUACAUAUUGCCAUGUCCUGACUUCGUUGCCCUUGGAGGAGUGGUCCAGAAAGGAAACUGGAACCGUGAUGUUUGCCCGGACGAUAAGAAGCAAAUAUGGGAAGGAUGCUGCCAAUUGAUACCAAGUCUUAGGGAUGCCAAAAUAAUUGAAGAUAGGGUUGGUUUGAGACCACUCAGAGACGAGGUUCGAUUAGAGUCAGAACAGAUUACGACCCCUAUUGGAAAGAAAUGGGUGGUACAUAACUACGGCCAUGGCGGAGCAGGCGUCACCCUCCACUGGGGCUGCGGCAAAGAAGCAGCUAAAUUGGUCAAGGAUUGCCUUGAGAGAGUCGCGUUGCAAUCGAAAUUGUGAUGGGAGGAUACCGCAUGUGGGCAAAUGGUGGAGAUAUGGCCAACGAUAUCACAAGAAGCCUAGAAUAUUGGUCUGCAAUCGUUGCAUUGUAUUUUGCCUGUACAUUGGUACCUGCAUCGUUGCUGCUAGAUGUUCAAUUGGAAUGCCUUUUGUGUUAAAAUCACAAAACAAAUCAUCGUGUUGACUUAUAAUCACCAUUUACCUUGGGUGUUACGAAUAUAGAAGAUCCAAACAAGAUAAGACACAUGGUUUAAUAUUACUCGUGAGCAUUACAUAUCAUAAAAUAAAAUGAAAAAAAAUCCAAAAUUUUGGAAUCAUGAUGAUCAUAUUUACAGCAUCCACGAAAGAAAUUUUCCAGUU